AUGUGGUUUAUUCAACACCGGGAAGGCGCUGUGCACGGCGCGCGGCUGCUGCUUAUCGAUUCGAUGCUGACCGCCGCGGUGCUCGUCGCCACGACAGCAGCCAAGCCGCAGUUAGCGCAACUCCUCUCGCGCGCCACCGACCUGGAAACGAGCGCUGGUGACACGACGAGUGGGAUUCACGGACCGUUUCCGCUCUCGACGGACGGAUGGAGGGAGUGCGUCGCGGGCUGGGAGCAUGUGCAGAAGAAGUGGAAGUCGCUCGGGCUGAUCGCGCAUCCGUACCCAAAGUCGGCCCACGCGCACGUUCCCGCGUGCCGCGCGCUCGCGAUGCAGCCCGCGCUCCUCCGCGAGAUGCGGGCCGUCAUUGGGACAGACGACCUUAUGGUCGCGACGAUGUCGGUGCUGGUCAAGGAGGUGGGGUGGGAGCACCGGUGGCACACGGACGUGGAGAACGCGAUCGACCGGACUCGCUGCAACGACACGAGCUGGACCGCGAAGCUGCACAAGCAGUGCAAGGUGUGCGAGGGCGGCGACUUCUCCUCGCUCUGGCGGCGCGGCGGCCAGCUCGCCAAGGUGGCUCGGAGGGAGGUGUCGCCGCACGCUGCUCUGGUGCAGCUGGCGGCCGCCGACACUCAGGCGUGGGCUUUCCGCGGAGCCACGUGGCACGCCUCCUUCAACAACGCGUCCAGCCGCAAGACGCGGACGGCGGUGCAGAUGCACUUCAUGCCGACGCGCUGCAAGUUCCGGUCUGACAGCGGCCUCGAGAACGCGCCGGAGCUGCCGACGUCCGAGCGCCAGCGCCCGCCGGGCAUCGGGGUGGUGCUGCCGCCGGUGAUCCCUCUGCAGGGCAAGGCGUCGGCCACGCUGCGAGGCUCGGGCGAGGAGGCGACGCAGAACAACUGGAUGUUCCCCGACGAGCCUGAGCCGGCCGUCGUCGACGCGACGUUCGACCGGACGCCGAAGCGCAAGAGAGAUUGCGCCGCCGCGACUUUCGCGCCCGACACGCCGCUCAAGUCGCUGGCGCACGACCUCAAUGCGGGCGGGUGGGUGGACAAGCUCUGCAAGCUCAAGAGCGGCGUCGACGCGGGCGCGGGCAUCGUCGACAAGUCAAAGUGCAAGACGCACCAGCUGACCGGCCACUCGGCGGGUGCGCCAAUCAUGGAGUACCACACGUCGAAGCUGCGCAAGAACUUUGCCGCGCACGAGAUGCGGACCCACGAGGAGAUCGAGCUGGUCUACGUGCUGCGAGGCUCGAUCCUCAUCUCGCUCAAGCAGCGCGGAGAGCACACUAAGACGCUCUACCGGCGCACUCUCGACGCGGCCUCGCCUACCCCGCCUUGA